UUACCACUGUGGAAAGUUCACUCGUGCCAUCAAAUCUAACUCCAGUCAGCAGAGAUAUGGAGCACAGGACUUUCCUACGACUUAGGGGCGUCAAGAACCCCCAACCACAAAGGUUUAACUAAGCUAAGGAUCUCAAUAGAACCAGUACCCCUUUAGAAAGGGAGGAUCACACAAUGGGCAUCUUUACCAAGAAUGGAAUGAUCAGCCUUGUCAUAUUGUUUCUGCACUCCACGACUUGCCAAGAAAUUUUAUACAAUACAGACUCUUCCCCUUUUAACUUCACUCAGAGUGCGUACCAUGCAACAAUCUACGAGAACUCUGCCCCAAAAACCUAUGUAGUUAGUCAGGUUAAGAUGGGUAUUUAUCUUAAGGACCCUCAAUGGACAAUAAAAUAUCGCAUUGUAUCUGGUGACAGCACUGGCCUAUUUAAGACAGAGGAGAUGGUAGUUGGGGACUUCUGCUUUUUACGUAUACGAAUACGGAGUGGUAACACAGCUCUUUUGAACAGAGAAGUAAAAGACAAUUAUCAGCUUAUCAUUUAUGCUUCAGAAAAGAACAUAGAGUAUGAGGUACGGACUAAAGUUAUUAUUCAAGUUUUAGAUAUCAAUGACUUGAGGCCACUUUUCCUUAAAACAUCAUAUAUGUUCAAAAUAAAAGAAGAUGCUCCUUUAAAAACAGUUCUCGGCAAAAUAAGUGCUACUGAUGCAGAUUUAGGCCAGAAUGCUAUGUUUUAUUAUAAGCUAAACACCCAGUCAUCAUUCUUCUGCAUUCACCCAACAAGUGGUAUUGUCAUGUUAGUUGGAAAGCUAAAUGCUACAGAGAGAGCUAUUCACAAGCUUGAAAUUCUAGCAGUUGACCGUAUGAGAAAAAUUUCAGAAGGUAAUGGAUUUGGCAAUGUGGCAUAUCUUGAAGUCCUAGUGGAGCAAUCAAUAAAAAAGCCUCCUUUUAUUUCUUCAGUAACUACAACCUUACCAGACUCAUCUGAUAGACUCCUGUAUGCAACUUUGAUCAUGGAUUCAGCAGACCAAGACUGCAACAUAGAUCUUGUAGAGAUUGUAUCUGGAGACCCAAUAGGUUAUUUUAAAGUGGUAAGGUCUUAUGUGGGUAAAAAUGAAUUUACAAUUGUAUCUACUGCCCAAAUUAACUGGUUAGAAAACCCACAUGGCUUCAAUAUCACUCUUAGAGCCAAAGACAAAAGCAGACCACCUACAUAUUCCCCACUAAAAACAAUUUACAUACCACCAUGGAAAUAUGCCUUAGCAAGAUUCGAACAGGAGAUUUACAAAGUACAGAUUAGUGAAUGUGCUCCUCCUGGAAGUCGUGUCACACUAGUCAAAAUUAUUCCAGAAAUUCCCAGUGGGGGUUAUCACUUUAAAACGCCAACAGACAAAUUUAAAAUUAUCCCUCACACUGGCUUGAUUUUUACCAACAGAUUUAUGGAUGUGAAAGACCAAUCUCAAUUGGAAGUCAUAGCACUUAAUGGGCAGAUUUCAUCUACGGUUAUUGUUGAUAUUUUAGAUUGUAAUAAUCAUGCGCCAGUUUUCAUGCAAGCUUCAUACCAAGGAACCUUUAAUGAAAAUGUCCCCAUAGGAACCAAAAUUGUACAGGUUAGUGCUAGGGAUGGUGACCUGGGAAAUAAUGGUGUUGUAACUUACAAUAUAGCAAGCCCUAAAAAUGCACCUUUCAUCAUAGAUAAAUUUACAGGUGUUAUUAGGACAUCUAGGGUUUUGGAUUAUGAAUUAACACAAAGGCUGUAUCACCUAACUGUUUGGGCAUCUGACUGGGGUUCACCAUUUCGUAGACAGAGCUCUGUACAUGUCUCCCUCAUACUUAACAAUUUAAAUGAUAAUGCACCCGUGUUUGAGAAUGUGAACUGCAAUAUAAGUAUUCCAAGAGACUUGCCUAUUGGGGAGAAAGUCAUAGCUCUAUCAGCAGUGGAUAUAGAUGAGCUCCAAAAUAUCCAGUAUGAGAUCCUGGCUGGCAAUGAGCUGCAGAAGUUUAAAUUAGAUUCUACAUCAGGGGUGAUAACAAUUAGAAAUGAUUUUUACGGUCUACCAGAUUCCCAGCCUUCCUUUUACUCACUUUUUAUUACUGCAAAUGAUGGAGACAAUAAUGCAGUGCCCAAUAUAGUUAAUAUCACAUUAUUAAAUGAAGGUUCUCCAGUGUCAGCACAAUGUGAGGAAACUGGAGUGCUAAAAAAAAUAGCUGCCAGUAUUAUAGACUCGCUUGGAUCUCACUCUCAAGAUCAUGGAUAUGAGGAUGACACUUCUUUCAACAUACAUCUUUUAAACAGUCACAUUCCUAAAUUUGAUGACAAUUUCCCAAUAUCAAUUGAUGUGCCUGAAGACACGCCAGUCAACUCUGUCAUCACUCAGCUAUCUGCCACUGAUCUUGAUAUGGGUUUUAAUGGCCAACUGGUCUAUGCAAUCUCUGAUGGAGCUGAUGAUGGUUGUUUUGCUAUUGAUAUGGAGUCAGGAAAGUUGAUUGUCUUGUUGCCAUUAGAUCGUGAAACUGCAAGUUCAUAUAUUUUGAAUAUUACAGUGUAUGACCUUGGAACACCUCAAAGGUCAUCCUGGAAGAUUUUAGCAGUCAAUUUGAUUGAUGCAAAUGAUAAUGCUCCCUGUUUUCCAUCAUCUGGAUAUUGUGUUACAUUACCAGAAGAUUCCAAAAUCGGUACCACUGUCCUUAAGGUUAAAGCAGAGGAUAAUGACAUGGAGGACAAUGGAAAAGUAAAGUACUCACUUCUGACACCCACAGAUACGUUUGCAAUUGAUAGUAUUACUGGAGAGUUAACUGUAAAGGGGAGAUUGGAUAGAGAGCUGUUAGCAAAGUAUAGGCUCAAAAUAGAGGCCAGAGAUCAACCUAAAAAUGACAAACAGCAGCUUUCCAUCACCGAUGUUGUUGUGACUUUGGAAGACGUCAAUGACAAUACUCCACACUGCACACCUUUAACAGCUAAUGUCAAAGUGCCAGAAGAUCUUCCUUUAGGAACUGUUGUUUACUUUGUUGAAGCUCUGGACACGGACAUUGGUGCCAACGGAGAAGUUUCUUAUGCCCUUAUCAAUGAUGAACUUGGUAUUUUUCAGGUGGAUAAAUUAACUGGAGCUGUGAUUCUUGAAAAAGAGCUUGAUUUUGAGAAAAGAUCAUUAUAUAAUUUGACAGUGAGAGCUACAGAUGCUGGUCAUCCAUUCCCUCAUUCAUCAAUUUGUCAUAUGGAAGUAGAAGUGCUGGAUGUCAAUGAGAACCUACAGUCCCCUUAUUUCCAGUCUUUUGUGUUCCAAGCAUCAGUGCCAGAAAAUUCACCACCUGGAACCACUGUCCGUUCAAUUACAGCACAAGAUGAAGAUAAAGGGAAAGAUGGGGAAAUACGAUAUUCAAUUCGGGAUGGAACUGAUCUUUCUGCCUUCAGCAUUGAUGAGGAAUCAGGUGCAAUCCGGACUGAGGUCCCUUUAGACCGAGAAUCUGUUUCUCAUUACUGGUUGACAAUUUAUGCCACCGACAUGGGCACUGUCCCUCUGUUUUCUGUUGCUGAGGUUUACAUUGAAGUUACUGAUAUCAAUGAUAACAUUCCACAGUUGUCCCACGCUGUGUUCUAUGCUUCAGUUCCUGAGAAUUCACCAGCUGAUCUUUCUAUCCUUCAACUGGAAGCUUCAGAUGCUGACUCCAUAUCUGCCAACCAGCUCUCCUACCAAUUCUCUGCUGGGAACAGCCAGGGAUUUUUCAGGUUGAACCCAAACACUGGCUUGAUCUCUACAACAAAUCAACAAUUAGAUCGUGAAACCAAAGAAGAGCACAUUCUUGAGGUCAUGGUGUCUGAUAAUGGUGCACCCCCUUUGCAGUCCAUGUCUCGGGUAGUCAUACAGGUGCUGGAUAUGAACGACAAUGCUCCAACUUUCCCUCAGAAACUCUUUACAGUUCAGCUACCUGAGCUUGAAGCCUCCUCUGGUCCUUCUCCAAUCUACAGACUUAUAGCUCUAGACCGGGACAAAGGAAUUAAUGGCCAAGUGAAAUACAGCAUCACUGAGCCUCCUGGAGACACGUUUAUAAUCAAUCCCAUAACAGGGAUCAUCUCCUCUAAAGGACCAUUUUCAGCUGGGGAGUACCAUAUUCUGACGGUUAAAGCAGCAGAUAAUGGAAGUCCUCCUCGAUCUUCCACAGUGAGACUCCAUAUCCAGUGGAUCAAUAAUCCGGCCCCUUCAGAAGAACCUCUGGCAUUUGAUGAGCCUCAAUUUACUUUCGAAGUUAUGGAAACAGAUCCUGUAAAUCAAAUGAUAGGUUUAAUCAGCACAGAGUUUACCAAUGGUCAGACUUGGUUUCAAAUUAUAGGUGGGGACGACGACCUUGAUUUUGACAUUGAUAAGAGCACUGGCGGAUUGGUCAUUGCCCGACCUUUGCAGGCAAACAAGAAAUCUAGUUACAACCUCACUGUGCAAGUCACAGAUGGAUCCAGUACUAUUAGCACCCAGGUUUUUAUAAAAGUAAUACCCUUUAAUCGUCAUCGUCCAGAAUUCCUGCAAAGCCAUUAUGAGAUUCAGGUAUCUGAAGAUGUAAAACUUGGAACUGAAGUGCUUAAAGUCCGUGCCACGGACAAGAACAGUGGAAGCCGAGUAAUUUAUACCAUCCAUGGAAGUGCGGACCCAAGAAGUGCCAAAAUGUUCCGUCUUGACCCAAACAGUGGUGCCCUGGUUGUCACAGAGACACUGGAUUUUGAGUCUAUGCCUCUUCACAUUCUGAAUGUGAUGGUGAGGGACCAGAAAGUUACCAUUAAACGUAACUUUGCAAGAGUUACCAUCCAGGUACAGGAUUACAAUGAUCACUCUCCUCACUUUAUCCGUUCAUUGCAUGAAGUAUCACUGCCAGAAUCAGCUCCCCCUGGUACAGAAAUUGUACAAGUCAGAGCAACUGAUAAGGAUCAAGGGGACAAUGCAAAGAUCAAAUAUUCUAUACAAGCAGGUAACAGUGAAGGAUUUUUUAACAUCAAUGCUGUCUCAGGUGUGAUUACCGUAGCAAAUAAACUGGAAAAACCUAUGAAGAGCACAUUUACUUUGACCAUCUCUGCAGCUGACCAAGGGACACCACAACUUCACGAUUUAGCCAAUGUUAAUGUGCAGAUUAAGUCAGCUGAUACUUCACCUCCAAAAUUUACCUCUUCAGAACAUUUUGUAGAAAUAAGUGAAUUAUUACCCAUUGGAUCUUUUGUAACUAUUGUGUCAGCAACUGGAAGUUCCUCCAUUAACUAUGAAAUUAAAGGAGGUGAUGCAGAAAGUGUAUUUUAUAUCAACUGCUAUUCAGGCAUCAUUUCUACCCAGAAGAAGCUUGAUUAUGAGGUAACCUCUUACUACCAACUGAAAGUUCAUGGCAAAAAUGCCUUUGGAUAUUACAGUGACACAACAAUUUUUAUCUACAUCAUUGAUGAGAAUGACAAUGCUCCUUUCUUCACCCAGACAAUGUAUUUUGGCCAGAUUAGUGAAGAUGCAAUUAGAGGUAGUAUGGUUACUAAUCUGGACCUCACUCCUUUGAUUAUUCAGGCUACUGACAAUGACACAGAGGCAAAUGCCUUGCUUACCUAUGAGAUCCUGGAUCCAGAAGUGCUCAGGUUCUUUCAAAUAAACCCAAGCAUGGGCACUCUCUUCACUGUGACUGACCUAGAUUAUGAGAUGACCCCCGUUUUUCAUUUUGAUAUUUAUGUCCAUGAUGAAGGAAGUCCAUGUUUGUAUACCUUGAAGCCUGCAAAAGUCAUCAUACAUGUGAUUGAUAUUAAUGACACUCCACCUAAAUUUUUAAAGAAUACCUAUGAAACUAGCAUGUACCUACCUGCCUACAACUACAUGCAGAUUCUUAAUGUAUCCGCUAUAGAUGUCGAUUCAGAAGUUACAUAUGGGAUUUCAACAGGCAACACAGACAAAGCUUUUUCUAUUAAUCCAAAAACUGGACAACUGACUUUGAAUAAUCCUUCCAUUUUGCCAUCAAACCGUUUACUAACUGUAACAGCAUGGGACGGUGUGCUUGAAGAUAGCGCAGUGGUUAAAAUCAACGUGUCAGAAAUCAGUAAAACUUCCCUAAAAUUUCUUCAAGAGUUCUACACAGUGGAGGUAGCUGAAAAUGUUGCUGAUAUCAAGGUUUUAAAUACAUUAGACGUGAUAGGUAACCAGCUGAAUGAACCUCUUUAUUUUUCAGUCCUUACAUGUAUAGAACACUUUAAAAUAAGUACAUCUUCUGGGGUGUUGCAAACUACGGGACUUCCAAUGGACAGAGAAAAACAAUCUAAAUAUGAUGUUAUGAUUGAAGUAAGAGACAUCAGAAAACCACAACGUGUAGCUCGGAGUAAGGUAGAAGUCUACAUAACAGAUGUUAAUGAUAAUGUGCCAGAAUUCAUAAAUACUCCAUAUUUCUCAUCUAUAGAAGAUGGGAUGGAGCCAGGUGAUGUUAUAUUCCAAGUGUCAGCCAUAGACAAGGACAGUGGAAAGAACAGUGUUUUAACAUACUGGCUUGUAGAAGAUUAUAAGUACUUUAGGAUUGACCCAUUCCAGGGAGAUAUUGUCCUCAAAAAGCCUUUUGAUUUUGAAGCAUUAAAUCAGUAUGUGCUUAGAGUAGGAGUAAAAGACAACGGAGAGCCUUCUUUGCAGGCAGAAGAAGAUGUGGUGAUCAUUGUUAGAAAUAAAUCCAAUCCAAUAUUCCAAAGUUUUUACUAUACAGUGACAGUACCAGAAAAUGUACCAAUCAACACUCCCAUUUUGCACAUCCAGGCUCGCAGCCCAGAGGGGUUUCGUGUGAUCUAUAAUAUUGUAGAAAAUGAAGCUCUUGGUCUGUUUAGUGUUGACUUUAGGACAGGUGCUCUUAGCAUUUCUGGACAAUUAGAUUAUGAAAUAAAAACAAGACAUACAAUAACAGUGAGAGCAACUGACACAGCUCUUGGAUUUUUUUCUGAGGUAAAGGUUGCAAUAGAAGUGGAGGAUAUUAAUGACCAUGCACCAAGAUUCUCGCAGUUGGUAUACAUCAGUCAAGUUAUAGAAGGAUUGCCUCCUCAUAGACCAGUAAUCAGUGUCUUUGUUUCAGACAAAGAUUCUGGACAAAACCAGGAAGUGUCAUACCACAUUUUAGGAAAUAAUACAGAUAAUGUGCAUGAUUACUUCCAUAUCAAUGUGAAAACAGGGUUAAUCACAACUGCCCAAGAACUGGAUUACGAAGCAAGACGUAAUUUUCUUUUCAAAGUUAGAGCAAUUGAUAAUGGAUUACCACCACUGCACACUGAUGCUCUGGUAAUUGUGAACAUAUCUGAUAUUAAUGACAAUCCUCCAGUGUUUAGGGAAAAGCAAUAUGAAGCCAACAUAAGUGAACUUGCAAACUAUGGUCACAUUGUCAUUAAAGUUCAAGCACUCGAUCAAGAUACUGUGGAUGCUGGAAAGUUAGAAUAUCUGAUUAUUUCAGGAAACAGUCAUCGACACUUCAUUAUAAAUAGAACUUCUGGAAUUAUUUCUUUGUCUAACCUAUGUAGGAACAAUUUAGAUUUAUCUUACCACCUACAGGUUUCUGCUUCAGAUGGUGUCUACAGGGCCACUGCACCAGUGUAUAUCAAUGUAACCUAUGCCAAUAAACAUAGCCCUUCCUUCCAGCAAGAUAUGUAUGAGAAGGAACUUGCAGAAAAUGCAGAUAUAGGUACUUCAGUAAUUGAUGUAAUAGCUACUGACCCUGAUGAUGGGCCUUAUGGCUCAAUUAAUUAUAUCAUAAUUAACAAGCUGGCAUCUGAAAAGUUUUCAAUUGAUGGCACAGGGCAUAUAACUACUUUGAUGAAACUAGACAGAGAGAAUGCAACAGAGAGAGUUAUAUCAAUCAAAGUUAUGGCCAGGGAUGGAGGAGGUAGAGCUGCUUUCUGUACGGUUAAAAUAAUCCUCACUGAUGAGAAUGAUAAUGCUCCUCAGUUUAAAGCCACUGAGUACACACUAUCUGUCCAGUCUAGUCUCAGUAAGGGAAUUCCCAUCAUUCAAGUUGUUGCAUUUGAUGCUGAUGAAGGAUUGAAUGCAGAUGUCACAUACUCAGUAGAGGCAUCUGAUGAAGAACUUUUGCAGAUAAAUCCAUCUAACGGUAUCAUCACAGCUAAGAAAAGCCUUUUCGGAUUAGAAAACCAAGCAAUUAGUUUUACAGUUAUUGCAAAGGAUGGAGCCCCUCCACAUUGGAGCUCAUUUGUCCCAGUUCAUAUUGAGAUUGUGCCAAUAGAGGUCCAUUUGCCAAGAUUUUCUGAGCCACUAUAUAGUUUCUCAGCUUCUGAAGACCUGCCAACAGGGUCUGAAGUUGGACUGGUUAAAGCAAUGGCUGUAGAGCCAAUCAUCUAUAGUCUAGUAGAAGGAACAAUUCCAGAGAGCAAUAAAGAUGGGGUGUUUACACUCAAUGAGCACACAGGAGCUUUAAUCAUGAGAAAGGGUGUAGACCAUGAGAAAACAAAAUGGUACCUCAUUGAUGUUCAAGCUAACUGUACUCACUUAGGGAAGGAACUAGUAUCCUUAGUAUCAGUAAGCAUACAAGUAAAAGACAUCAAUGAUAAUCAACCUAUUUUUGAGGCAGAUGUAUACAGAGCAUCACUUACAGAAAACAUGCCUGCUGGUACCACAGUUAUACAAGUCACUGCCAAUGACCAGGAUACAGGCAGAGACGGUAUGGUGUCUUAUAGUCUUAAAUCAGAUUCUGAAGAGAUUGAGCAAUUCUUUAACAUUGACAGUGACAAUGGAUGGAUCACAACCUUAAAGGAGCUUGACUGUGAGACACAACAGAUUUAUCGUUUCUACGUGGUGGCUUCAGACCAAGGCAGGAAGGUACGUCUCUCUUCUGAGACAAUUGUAGAAGUGGCUGUGGUCGAUGAUAAUGACAACCCACCUUGGUUCACCUCUAAAAUAAACAGAGGAUCUGUUGUAGAAAAUAGUCCAGCAGGCCAGAUCUUAGUUACCCUCAAAACUCAGGACAAGGACAUGACCGAAAGCAACAGAAAAGUAACCUGUUACAUCACAGAUGGAGACUCUCUUGGUCAGUUCAGCAUUAAUGAAGUUGGAGAUCAGUGGGUUGUCUCCUCAAAAAAGCCAAUGGACAGAGAGGAAGAAGAGAAACAUCUUCUGAAAGUCACAGCAUCUGAUGGUAAAUUUCAGGCUACAACAGAGGUUGAAAUUAUUGUUCUUGACAUCAACGAUAACAGCCCAGAAUGCCAGCAGAUGUUUUACACAGCAACUGUUCCAGAGAAUGCACUUCCAGGCAUUUUUAUCCUUAAGGUAUCAGCGAAAGACCCUGAUAUCGGCAAUAAUGCUCAAAUAGCAUACACACUUCAUGGACUUGGAGAUAACCAUUUCAGACUGGAUCCACAUACUGGUGAACUAACAACAUUGGCAACAUUAGACCGGGAGCAAAAGGCCUCAUACAAUCUUGUUGCUAAGGCCACAGAUGGAGGAGGGCUGUCCUGCCAGACGGAAAUUUUCCUACAACUAGAAGAUGUAAAUGAUAAUGCACCAUUAUUCUCUAUGGGGCACUACACUGUUACUGUGUUUGACAACACUACUAUAAGGACACCAAUAGCAGUGGUUCUUGCAAGGGACUCUGAUGAAGGUUUAAAUUCAGAGAUCUACUACUCUAUCCCAGAUUCAGUCAAUGAACUUUUUUCAGUUGAAGAAUCCACAGGGGUCAUUCAUUUAGAGAAUCCCUUGGAGGACAUGGAAGAUGCGGUCAUUGAACUUCCUGUGUGUGCUACAGAUAGGGGCUCCCCACACUCACUUUCAACAUGUACCACAAUAACAGUUUCUGUGGUAGCUUUGAGUUACUAUCGUUCAAUAUUUGGAAGCCCUGAGAGAGUAAUCUUGGUUCCAGAAGACAAAGCUGUGGGAUCGGAGCUCUUAAAUCUGUCAGAUCUUACCAAAGACAGCGAUGAAAAAAUUCAAAUCAGAUAUGAAAUUUUGAAUGGGAAUGAUAAUCAGAUGUUCCGCCUCACACCAGAGACAGGAGCAUUGUACUUGAACAGAAAUCUAGAUUUUGAAGUGCACCAUCAAUACUAUCUGUCAAUAGAAGGUACUAAGGCCAGUUCCCCUCCUCUAAGUGAUGUCACUGUUGUGGUAAUUAAUGUCACUGAUGUAAAUGACCACAAGCCGGUAUUCACCCAGGAGGAGUAUGAAGGAGAAAUCAGUGAAAAUGCAAUGCCAGGAGAUCUUGUUCUUGAGGUAUCAGCAGAAGAUAAGGAUGGGCCAAAUAACAAUAAAGUUUUAUAUACCAUAGUUAAGGGAGACCCACUAGGACACUUCUCAGUUCACCCAGAACGUGGAGACGUUAGAGUUUUGACUCGUCUGGACAGAGAGAAAAGGUCGAGUUUUUCUUUGGUACUUCGAGCCAUUGAUAAUGGUUUGCCUGCUCAUUUCAGUGAAGUAGUAGCAAGAAUACAAGUUACCGAUGAGAAUGAUAACCCUCCCAUGUUCUUAGAGUCUAAUUAUAGUCUAGUACUUCUGGAUGGUUCUUCUGUGGGUACCAGUGUCAUCAAGCUUCUUGUGACUGAUAAUGACUCUUCAAGGAAUGGGCCACCUUUCUAUUUCAGUAUUUUGGAUGGAAAUUAUGACAGUAUGUUUCAGAUCAGCACAGAUGGUCUUUUGUCUACAACGUCUGCUCCAAACCGUUUUGCAAAAGAUAAAUAUCUCCUACACAUUCAGGUUAAAGAUAGUGGCGUUCCACACCUUUCUUCUUCCACAUUUGUCAAGAUUCAAAUAAUUGAUCGAAGUCGAUACUCUCCAUCUGUUUUGCCACUGGAAAUAUUCAUCACCACAAAUGAGUUAGCUUUCCGUGGUAGUGUACUUGGAAAGCUCCAUGCUACAGACCAAGAUCCACAUGAUACACUGAUGUACACAUUGGCUGCUGAAGAUCUGAACAGAGGCCUUUUUUCUGUUGGAUUUAGUGAUGGAAAAGUUAUUGCUCUUGAAAGUCUCCAACAAGGUCAUUACGUUUUCAACAUCACAGUCAGUGAUGGAACAUUCUACUCUUUGGCUUCUGUCAACAUCUAUGUGUGGUGCUUUAGUCAGGAGGCUCUUGAUCAGUCUCUGAUCCUCCAGUUCAAAGGGUUGUCUCCAGAAGAGUUUAUAGCAGAUCACUGGAGAAGCUUGCAAAGAUUUCUUGGAAACUUAUUUAAAACUGAUCGACAACAGAUUCAGAUGGCUGGCCUUCAGAAAAAUGAAGAUUCUUCCACUUUAGAUCUUCUUUUGGUGCCUGGAAAAUACACAAGCUCUAUCAAAAUGCCAGAUGAUUUAGUUAUUGAGAUCACUAGGUCAGCAUAUGAGUUAGGGCAGUCUGUUGGACUUCAGAUUGCUAAGAUAUUUCAUUUACCCUGCCAAGGACCACAGUGCAUGCAUCGUACAUGCCAAGAGAUUAUACAACUGGACCCUUCAGUAUUAUCAUCCUACAGCACUGCCAGGCUCAGCGUCAUUACUCCAAGAUACACUCUGCAACAAGUCUGCUCUUGCAAUAACACAGCAGUAAGGUUCAGUGGACAAAGCUUUCUGAGUUAUCGUCAAGAGGGAGACUUGGACCUGAAGUUGCAAUUCCAUAUUAAAACACACCAGUCCCAUUCUGCUCUCAUGUUCACUAAUGGGUCAGUGAUCAUGAUGCUAGAGCUGGUUAAUGGAGCUCUGCAGUUUAGACUACAAUGCGGUGGACAUAUCAUAUAUGACCUGACUUCAGAUGUCUUAGUAAAUAAUGGCAACUGGCACCAAGUUAUUCUGGAGGUGUCUGGAUCAUUAAUACGGCUUCUAGUAAACGGUGUUGAAUCAGCUCAGCAUGAUCAUCUUUCUCAGCCAUGUCCCUCUCAGUACAUACAGCAACAUGUGUUUAUUGGGGCAGUGGUACAAGAGGAAAAUCAUUUGUCACUGGGAUUCCAAGGAUGUCUACAUAACAUCACCAUUAAUGGGCAGACCUUUGCCAGUCUAGGAGACUCCCUCCAAAAAAUGGGCACAACACCAUGCUGUGAUCAGCUCAAUGCCUGUAGCCAGGAUCCAUGCCCAAGCAAUAGACUAUGUGCAGAGAUGCCCUAUGGAGGUUAUUCAUGCCUUUGCCAUUAUCCAUUCAUGGGAUCUGGAUGUGAUCUGGGGACAAAUCCAUGUGCCCCUUCCCUCUGCCAUCAUGGGAGAACCUGUUCACCCAUGUCUAAUGGUUACACGUGUAGUUGCCCACAAGGCUAUGAAGGAGACAGUUGUCAGUUUGGAGUAAGAUCCUGUCUACAAAGCUCUUGCCUGGACCAUGGCAUUUGCAUAUCCAGUAGUACCUGUAACUGCAGUGAAGUGAACCAGGCACAACUUUGUGCAGAGGUGAUAACACCUGACAUGAAAGAUAAGUCCUAUUUGGUGUCUGGACCACAAGAAAUUGUAGAGAUCCUUGGUGGAGUUCUUGCUGUUAUUAUUCUAGUUGGGCUUUUUGUGGUCUUUAGAAAGCGUGUAUGCCAAGGACGUGCCAGCCAUAAGCCAGCCCCACAGGAAGACCCAGACCUAAAACAUCACUUGUCUAGGGACAUUGGAAUAGGUACCCAGGGGCCAUCCAUGGAACUCAACAUCCUCAGUCCUACAUCUCGCAAUCAACUGGAUGCAGAAGGUCAGCCUAGGAGACUUCCUGUCCCAGAGCUCCUUACAUUCUGCAAACCUCAAGUAGCACGAGGACCUGCUAUUUGCAGCGUAGCCCCCAAUCUACCUCCAGCACCUCCAUCCAGCUCUGAUAAUGAAUCUAUUGCUAAAAACAACUGGGAUUGUGAAGAAAAUACUGAAACACCUUACUGGCCACCUAGUUACAUCCGUGCAGAAAUGGAAGAAUACCCAGCAUAUGAGUCCAUUCAGAGCUCACCACCUUCACCAUCAUGCUCAGCACCUCCUAUACCACCUUUGCCAAAAGAAACAGAGACAGAUGCCCUCUUUGGAGGAUUUCCAUUCCCACUAGCAUCCAGUAACAAGAGAGCCCCCUUACCCCCAUGUUACAGCAACCGUAGCUUGGAGGACCUUCUUCCACAGCCUUCCCACUGCCAGGAUCAAUACACUGCCAUUAGCUAUUAUCCCUCCCAACUCCUGCAACCUGAGGGGUUCUCUUACCAACCAGAAGAGGGCUAUAGACAUCUUAGUGUGCGUUUGAGUGUUGCGCAACCUUCAUAUGCAGAUUGUGGUCGUCCACUGAUGGCACCACCAAGUUAUUUGGCACCUAAUAGGGCAGGAAGUGACUAUGGAAGCUGCGAAGAAGUAAUGUUUUAGAAGGUGCCAACUCCAAUUUUCACAGGGUCAAGAUAGAAAGAUAAAGAAACAGACCACACAAUAUUAUAUAAAGAAAAUCAAAUACAAAGUCUGUACAUCAGCAUUGAAAUAUUAUGUUGAUAGUGCAGAUAAGAAAGUAAAACUUAGAAAGAGGAACACAAACUUGCAAGAAAGUGCCAAGAAAGAGCCAGCGUUUUCCGCUUUCUUCUACCAUUUUCAUGGUGUUUAUGCUGCUGUGAACUUCAAAUCAUUCUUUCAGCUCUAAGCUCUUAUAUUUGAGGAUGGUCAUACAGAGAAAUAGUUUUCUUUUCAAAUUGCUGCUGGACAGUCAAGUUAAAAAGUGCUCUUACAGUGAAAUAUUCUUGGAAUAGAAGAUCUAAUGUAGAGAACUUGGGACAAGUACCUAAGCUGGUGAAAGAUGAUAAAGAUCCAGCAUAUACCAUACCAUACAUAGCAGAAUAUGUUUGAAUGUCUGGUCUCUUUGACUAAUGUGACCCUAAAGAACUGUAGAUUAUUCAGUAUUACCAUAUCAGCUCUGAAGUGUUACUGUGUAAUCCUUUAGCACUUUAGCAGUGGACUGCUCAAUAAACAUGACUGGUUAUAUGUUGGACAAUUAAUAUGCAUCCCAGAAUUAAUAAAAAUGCAGUUAUAACACUGCAUGUGUGUUGUCUUCUACUGAUGCAUGUGCUGCUGUCUAAAGAAUUUAAAAGUAAAGGACACAUCUCUUUCCUCCAAAACUGUUUAAUACUCUUUAUGUACAUAUGUCUAUUUUUUAAAACAAAAAAUACAUUAAAGUAUAAUUUUUAUAAA